ACCCGCCCACAGCUGACCACGUGGUUGAAGGCGGAAGUAGAUUACAAAUAGAACUUGACCUCAAAAGCAGGAAACACAUGCUGGUAAAAUGUGUACUGUAGUAGUAUUAUUGUACGUUAUUUAAUUUAAGAGCAGUACAUGCACUUAUUGUUCUAAAUGGAUCCUAAUCUGCUGCAUUGGAAGAGCCAGGGACAGUCUUUCUUCAGUCGACUACGGAUCUGGGUUAAUCUCCUUGAUCCAACUAUCCUGCUUUCCUCUGAUGCGGAAAUAGAGAAGGCCCACAGUCUUCUUGGAAGUGGAGAGCAACUAAAUGAAAAGGAUGGACAAGCACCGACCCUCUCACUUUCGUCCGUCCACGCUGAUUCUGGUGCUGUUCUUCCACUAGUUUUCCGCCCUGCAGCAUUGUUGCCAAUAUCAGCACCUCUGGUGGUUGCCAGCUUUUUGCCACACAGUUAUGUCAAACCCGCUCUGUUUUGGCAGUUUUUGCUGCAGAGUUACAGUGCUGGGUUCAACUAUACAAAUAGAAAUUCUUCAUCAGAGCAGAGUAAGAAAAUGUCUCUGAAGCAGCUUCUAUUGAUCACUGGAACGGUUUCCUAUGCAACAUGUGCCGGGGCCCUUCCUCAAAUUGUCAUUAACCGACUUGGUGUAAGAAGCGCACUGAUUAAGACUUUCUUUAGGUCGAUAUUACCAAUCCCACUCUCAGCUGCUCUGGCCUUCUUCAAUGUGUUGACUGUCAGAAGUGAGGAGUCAGAAGAUGGGAUCCAAGUGUUUGAUUCCAGUGGAAAUCCUGUCGGCCUCUCUAAAGCAGCGGGGGAAAAGGCUGUGAGGGAAACCGCAUUGUCAAGAGCGGUACUGUUUGGAACCACCGCUGCUCUUCCUAAUCUCCUGGUGUUGCUCUUACAGAGAACAAGACUUUUCCAGAGGAACUCUCUGCUGGCCGCUCCUCUCCGUCACAUAAGUGUUGCAUUUAUCCUGGGCUUGAUGAUCCCCAUCUCGUUCAGUCUCUUUCCACAACUGGGAACGAUAAAGAAGGAAAACGUGGAGGAGCAGCUGCAGGCUGCAGCGGGGGAUGGACAGUUAUAUUACCAUAGAGGACUGUGAGGACUGUGAGGACUCUGAUGAGCUGUCGAUACAAAAUCAACCAAAACAUAUGUUGCCAUUACUGGAUAGCUUGAUAAUAAAUGUUUAACGUCAUGCAGCUGAAAAUGUACAAUGCAUGUGAGCCUUUUCUCCCAGUUUUCAUGGGAAAUAUUUUGUUUAAAACACACAUUAAAACAGGAAAGAAGCGACUUUUUGAUAGUAAAUUUAUUUAGCUGGAAUAUUAUGUGUUUUCAUAGAUAGGAAAUAUUACAUCAAUUCAUGAAAAUACAUUUAGUUUUCAAAGUUACAUGAGCAUCUCUAUGUAUUGUACUCUCUGUCUUCUCUGAAAUACUGAGGCACAAAACCAUCCAUUUGGCAAUGUGGUUGAAAUAUACUCACCUGUAAAAUAACAGCGCUAAUUAUACAUUUAAAAAAAAAAAAAAAAGACAGUAAGACUCACAUAAUGCAGAAUAAAUCAAUGUGGACAUGGAAGCACCUAUCGUUAUUUGAUCGGUUGCUGAUUGAUGAGGAAUAGCUCUUUUUCAACCGA